AUGCGUGUGGUGGAGGAUCGUUUGUUCCUGCAGCAGGAGGGAGCGAUUCUUGGUCGGGUGGCUGAGGGCGAUCGCUCCUCAUGGCUCUUGGUGGGCGUGCAGCCCGCUGGGAUCCUUGGGAUUCACAGCGACCAGGAGGAAGCGAGGUGCCGGUGGCUGCUGACGGCGCCAGCAGAAUGUGUUGCUCAAAGCCAAAAUAUGGUGCAGAUGGGAGGAUUCUUCGUGCUCACGAGGGACGGGAACGUCUGGUGCUGCGAGUUUGAAACAAGCAACGUCAGAGAAGGGAAGCGAGCAAGGAGCGAGUUGGAGCGAGCUGGCAAACCUGGAGGGAUCGCGAUGGGAGCAGAUAGCUGCAUGGCGGGGCGGAGAGGAAGGGCCAUGUGCAUAGGCAGCUCAGCAGUGGGGUCAAGCUUCCUUUGCUUCACUUCUUGUCAGGACUUGUUGGUACUCGGAUGGCGAGGGGGAGGGGUAGACACUUCAGUCUGGAUGUUUCCACAGCAGUUGAGGCUGACAAGUCAAAGGGCCUCGAGCAUGAGCAGAACGAUGAUCCAAGAGGUCGAGGCCUCUGCAGCACAAGCUGUGAUACUCCGCGAUAUCUCUGAGAUCCGCGAAGACGACCUCUUGCCCACCAAGAACAGCUUCAGACUCGCAGGCCUCUUGUUCGACCGGCUCUUCGGCUGCACUACAAGUCCUGUCCUUCUCACCCAAGGGAGGUCGACAUUGGGCUUUUACCUCCUUGAGCUGGAGUCCAGCAGCAGUUAUCGGGUGAGUUCUACAAGUCCGGUGUGCAUGCCGGCUGAGUUUAAGAGGAAGAGGGUGGAAGAGCUCAAGGCUGAUCGACCCUCCGCUUUCAUCGCUGGUGUCUCCCUGAGUCCCGACAGCUUGUCGAGCAGAAAGCGGCAGAUCGCCGGUGUUGGGGUUGUCGUUCGCUUCCAGCUCUCAACCGACGAGCACGGCGGAGUGAAGUGCGAGGCGAAGCAGACUUUCAAGCUUGCGGUGAAGGUCGUGGACUUGCAUGUGCAUCGUGACAACAGCCAAGACGAUGGAAUGAAGAUCCAUGUGGCUACGUCGAAGGGGUGUAUCAUCCAGCUAGAUGAGGGCUACCAAGCGAAGGAAGAUGUGCGAGAAGAUCCUGAUGCCUCAAAGAAGGCCAUGGAGAACGACAUGCGAAUUCCAUCAAAUCUAGUUUGGAGGAGAAGGAAACAACUCAAGGGAGAGAUCGAGGCUCUUGAUUCAAGCAUCUUCAACCUGAACAAGUAUUGCAAGCGAGCUUUGAAUGAAAAGAAAGAGGUCCCGUCGGAUUGCGUUCUGAGAAGCGAAUUCUGUGAGGAUACAAAAGGAUGGAACAGCAUAUCAGUCUCCUUCCAACCUUCGCUUCAAGACGAUUCAGAUACCUCUUCUGGAGCACAUUUCAUCAUCGGCGACUUCAACUCUCUCUUUCCAGCAGAAGAUUCCAUCUUCUUUUCAUCUUCUGUCUCGCAAACCGAAGCUCAUCCCGACCUCGGCGUCUGGUCUCUUUCCUUUGGCUCGAUUCACCUGUCUUCCUACCGCGUUCUUCCUUUGGUUAAGGCAAAGUCAGAAGGAGACAGGGAACGGAUUUCAACCUCUGUCGCUCUCCCUUCAUCUGCAAUGUUUAAAGCUCAAGCUUCUCCCACUUCGAAGGGGUCUAGGCGAAAUACUCUCGCCUACCUGCCAGAUCGCAAGCAACCUCCUUUCCUUUCUACCACGAAGUUAUCAACUCCUUCCCUCAACCAAGUGAAGCUAAAGUGCCAGUGGCAUACUUCAAGUCUGCAUGCUGCAUACCUCGAUCUUGCUUUGUCGACUCUUGGCAAGAAGAUUUCAGCGGAAGGCCCUCACCACAUGUUCGGUUGCAUCAGACUCACACGGAAGGUGAGAGAGAAAUGUAUCGUCAUGGAGUGCGACAAUGUGAAGGGACAGGUCUUGGGCGAGUCAUGUAGACCUGCCGAACGCGACCCACACGUCGUUACGGCUGCCACGUUUGCUUGGGCAAGAAGCUGCUGGCUACAUCGCGUGUUAGCAGCCAGUCAGAGGGAGGACGAGGGGCGUGGGGCUGAAGGGGCUUCGCUUUCUCUCUCGGAGCUCAACAAUUGGAGAGACUUUGCUAUCAAGAAGCUGGUGAGACCUGCGGGGCCGCAUGGCGGGACUUACGCGAGGCAGGUGAGGAAAGAGCUCUCUGAGAUCAUAGAGACGUACUUAGAGAUCCGUUCCGCUCCCGAUUUCUCGCUGGUUGCGCUGGAAUGCUCUUCUAGGAAGCCUCGAUGA